AAUGUUUUAUUCGAAUCUCUCUGGGUAAAAUCGCCUCGGCUCAUCCGAAGUGCUCUAGAAACUCUGCGGAAGUAAACAGAUAACUCACAAUGUCUAAGAUAGCCAAGGAGGAAGUCUCUUACAUAUCCCCGGUCUUAUUCCUGGACAUCAGUGGACAACCAAUACGAUUCUAUUUAAGACCUGGUCCUACUAAAACACAGCUUUAUCCAUUGAUAACAAACGGAGGCGGCACUAUGUGUCGGAAUCAAGAGCCGGGCUCCAUUUUACUGGCCGAACCUGGGACCGUGACUAUUGCCAUGGCAAACACUGGACAAACUUAUAUCUCUACUCAGUUUAUCAGAGAUUGUAUAGAGCAGAAACAACAAUUAGAUAUAGAUAGAUACACACUUACUGUCGGGCCAUCUGUCCAGACAAGGAUGGCAUCCCGCAGCCAAAGCAACGGACGGUUGGGAUAUUCGCAAGAAGAUGAUACAGCCAUAUUGAAUUUUAUGGAAAAAUGUCAUCAUGAAGCUAAAGGCAUUCGGGUUUGGAAAGAAAUGGAGAAGCGACAUGUCACAGACCAUAGCUGGCAGUCCAUGAAGGAUCGGUUUCUAAAGCACCUUCAGUAUAAGCUCUUAAAGAAAAGCCCAGCAAAAUGUCCAGACACGCCCUCUAAAAAGAAACCUCUCACAUUUAUUGACAGCUCCUCAUGUAUGGAGAAUAUCACUCGAGCCUCAUCACAGACUGAUUCUUCACAAAAGUCACCUCAGAAGUCAGUGGUUAUCUCAGAUGCUGCUGAAACGCAAAGCGCCACUGAGAACAGCUUGUGUCCAACUGUGCAGACAAAUCCCUCAGCUUCUCCUGAGAGAGUGAGUUCACCUCCAGAUGUGGUUGAGGCAGCAGGGGAAACACCACAGGCCUCAAGUAAUGAUGGCGAGCCAGAAUCUCGUGUCCAAGUUCAAGACCAGGAUAGUACUCAAGAGCAACCUCAGUCAGUCAAUGAAGGGCCUGAAAUGUCUAAAAGACCAAGAUUGGGGGAAGAUUGUGAUGGACAAGACCGUCCAGAUGGAUCAAAUGGAAAUUCCUCAUCCCUCAGUGAAACCAGACAAACAGCCUGCAAAUCCUCGACACCCACCUCUAAGAAACUUGGCAUUCUUGCAAAAGCUGCAAGAGAGUUUGAGGAAUAUGAUGUGAUGGAUGAUGAAAGUGAAGAGGACCAGGGUGCAAGUGAAGCACCAUUGACCAAGCCCUCAGACCCUCAAGAAAGUUCAGCCACCCCUGAUGAGGUUGCAAGGGAACCAGAAAGCCAAGCUGAGCACCAUGAAGCCCAAAAACGUUCACCAGAAGACUUUUGCAAUGGGGUAACACAGAUACCAGCAGAUGAAUGUUCAGGGCCCAGUAGCACAGCUGUCUGUAUAACUUCCAAUGCCCAUAACUUCAUCUUUGACUCUGAAACACAAGACCACCACAGCCAGUCAAGUCAAGAGGAAGCGCUCUCAAGGGACUUGCUAGAGGUCAAACAACACAUCAUGAGCUUGAUGGGAGAGACCAAGAAAGAUGUUGUUGAGGUGACCAAGUCGCUGUUGAAAGCCAGUGGUGACCUCACAAAAGCUAAGUUGUAUCUACUUGAGGGAUAUGACAAUGAGAUUCACGGGCCCCUUUGGACCCGUCUAGAUGAUGAGAUACUCUUGUUAGGUGAUCCAUGUGAACUUGAGCAGCUUCAGUUGAAGUACGGAGAAGAGGAUGUGACCAGGAGGAAAGCCUUUCUCAAGACUGUUGUUAACUGAGAGGAUUUGUUUGGUUUGAUGGGCAAAUGUAACUUGUCACACAAUUUUGUAACCUCAGUUUGAUGUUUUUAGCUUAAUUUUACAUUGAAAGUUUUAAAUAAGUACUGUGCCUACAGUAAAUGUUAAAUAUAAAAUAAAGUAUUUUUUAUAACUGUG